GGGUCACUGCCGCGACGCUUCCGCCGCGGUGCCUUGUGGGUAGCCGGCCGGGGUCUCCUGGCGACGACCAUGGCCGGGGAUGUGGGCGGUCGCAGCUGCACCGACUCGGAGCUCUUGCUGCACCCUGAGCUGCUGUCGCAGGAGUUCCUCCUCCUCACCCUGGAGCAGAAGAACAUAGCUGUUGAAAAUGAUGUAAGAGUAAACAAGGACAACCUUACUGACCUUUACGUCCAGCAUGCAAUACCAUUGCCUCAGAGGGAUUUGCCAAAGAAUAGAUGGGGGAAGAUGAUGGAAAAGAAAAGAGAAAAUCAUGAAGUGAAAAAUGAAACCAAAAGGAGCACUGCUGUAGACGGACUGAGGAAAAGACCCCUUGUUGUGUUUGAUGGGAGCUCAACAAGCACAAGCAUCAAAGUGAAAAAGACAGAGAACGGAGCAGACGACCGGCUCAAGCCUCCUGCCCAGACAGGCUCCAGCAGUGACGCCAUUCGGAAACUACCAAAUUCCUCUUCAAGGGUUUCGCCCCUGAUUUUGUCUUCCAAUUUGCCUAUGAACAAUAAAAUGGAACACGGUAAUAAGGACACUAAACAGAACCAUGACUUAACACAUAGGAAAAGUCCCUCGGGUCCAGUGAAGUCUCCGCCUUUGUCCCCUGUUGGAACUACUCCCGUGAAAUUAAAGCGGGCUGCUCCUAAGGAAGAGACAGAGACCAUGAAUCACCUGAAGCCUCCAGAAGCUAAGAGGAAGAUACAGCACGUUACAUGGCCGUGAAGGGAAGCCUCCAAACUGUAAAUAGUCCACAGCAUUUUCAGGGGUCCUGAUUACUGUGGCAUUUUCUUGAGGUUUAAAAUAGGUUUGGAAAAAUAAAAGUCUUUCCCUUCCUUCCCUCCACUUCUUCCCUUCCUUACAGUGUCUUGACUUUCAUGUCCCAGUCAGGGAAGACUUUCUUUUUAGAAUAGAGCUUUGCAAACAUUCUCUGUAAGUUUCUUUUCCCAAGCAGAAGCAUAUAGCAGUUCACAGUAUUGUGGUAAAUAUUGCCACCUGCAUUUUGAAGGGUUUGCCAAGAAAAGCAUUUUGAUGGUGUUCAUGGAAAGCUUUCUGUUCUUCAGCUGCAUGUGCCACUGUGUCCCAUGGAAAGCAAGAGGGAAGUCAGGGCUUGCCUUUCUUCCCUCUCAGCAUCAAAAGCUGCUGCCGCUGAGUCUUUAGAAUGUUCCUGUCUUUCAGGGGUCCUGCCUAAUCUUUUGUGCCGCUUGAAGUCCCACUGUGAGUUCAGCUAUUUCUAUUUCUUUUAAAAAUGAGACAGAUUUCAAAGUCUUCAGGCUGGGUGAUCAUGUUAGAGUCAGUACUUGAUGGCAGAAAGUUUGGGAAUGAUGGGUGCCGGAGUUCUAGACAUUAGAAAGUCCAGAACAUGUGGCAGUGGUGGUGGGGGGUCCUUAUUGGUCCACUGUGAAGUAGACAGUGGUCACUGUCAGGCCACUGGAGUUGGAAUACUGAGAGUACAGCAGGGAAGUGGACUUCUAGCUGAACGAGGUUCCUGCAGGGCUCUCCCUGCAGGGUUAACUGGCAGUCUCUUUAUUUUUGUGCAAGUAGCAUUAUCCACUUGUAUAAUACAGGCAAAUGAGAAAGUACUGUUCGCUUUACGUUCAUGACUUCUAGUUUCUGCUCCCUCCUUUAUAUUUCUAACUGAAAGUGAAAGAUACUUCAUGCUUUUUUCCAUGUAUAAUCUUCAAAUUGGUGGUUUGCCUUGUUGGUAUGCCUUAGGGUCAUCUCCUUUAUUUGAUAUGUUAAAACAAGAAUUUUAGUUCAGGUCUCAAAUAGCCUUACAGAAAAUAAUUCAGCCUUGCAGGUAAGUACUGUUCUUAGACAUCAACCCUAUCGUUUUUAAGCGUUCUGCUUUUUUUCCAGACUAAAUUUAUACACAUAAGACACAGUCGAUGCAUAUUAAGUGUUGCAUGAAUUGUUGAUGUUACAGUAACAUUUUAAAUCUAUUGCUAUCUGCAGGGCUGAUAAAUUAAUAUUGUUGAAGGGAACUGUGCUCCUAUAUGUACUUGUCAAGGGAGAUUUUAAAAAUGUAGCUUUUAGAGUAGAAUGACAUUUUAUAUUCAGUUGACCCUUCUGCUUCCACCGGCAUUUCUCUCUUUAAAGAGAGAGUUAGCCAUUUGACAGUUUUAGGUCAGUGGGAACUUAUUUUAGUUACUCAGUGAAAUUAAUUUUUAAUUUGUAUAUUUAACUUACAGAGUAGGUUGGUAACAACAGCUGAGCUGUGUAACAUUGUUGCUUCAAAUUGAAGUUUAUCUAUGGCCAUUCAGCAUCUACGCUCACAUAGCAGCAUAUUAUUGAGCUGUUUUGAGUUUGAGAGGUGGAGAAGCUUUGACCCAUGCACUGUGUAUUACGUAUUCUCUCUGUCACAGAGCGCCGUGCCUCUAAAGGGAUCAUGGAACUGGCUUCUUCCACAUGGUGAAGUGUGCCAGGUGCUGGGAAUCUGGAGCAGCAGCAUUGGGAGUCUUGUUCUGAAGUGGUGUUUCAGUUUGAGUUAGAGGACUCAAAGAAAGUGGUGAACAGUUCUGGAGUAAGUUUACUGACCAAAAUAGCAUUAGUCUUGUUGCUUUUGGUUCUGUGUCCCAGUGAGGCCAGCUGUUCUUAUUAGUGGGUGGGCAAGCGGAUAAUGGCUUUCGAGGUAGUAGGUAGCUUGUGAGGUACAAGAGGCACCAAGCCUACCAGUGGCAAGUCAGCCUUGUUCUUUUUUCCUACUUUGUAUAUCCUGCUCUUUCCUGUUCUUCCUCUCUCCUCUAGGUCUAAGCUUCAGACUUAAUUGCAAGUUGUAUUGUAUCUGUGACCUUACUCCAUUCACUAACGGGUGAAGGUAGUCUGACCCCAGUCCUCUCACUCCCGAGGGAUCAUAGACUGCUGUGUGAUUCCUAGAGUCUGGAACCCUGCAGCACCAGGGCAUGAAAGUGCUUCCCAAAGGCUGUUUCAGCAGCGUAGUUUUCCAGAGUAGCCUUAUUAGUUUAGACAGCUGCCAGACACCUGGAAGAGUGGCUCACCACUACCAUAGGCUCUAUUUGCUGGUGUUAAAAUUCUUCAGAAUUGAAGUUUUUCUUUGAAUUAUGUUUUGGUUGACUUAAGUGUGAGAGGCAGUUUGAAAACUGAUGUGGAGACUCAUUCAACAGCAACAACCUUUUAAAAACUUACAUUAAGUAAAACUGCCAGUAGAUUCAAUCAUCCCCUUUGUGUGAGAGCUUCCUCUCCUUAGCAUUGUUGAGAGGCUACUAAUUGGUUAACAUGUUUUUAAGUGUGCUUUUAUUAUAUGCUGUGUAAGUUUUGUAAUUCAGUAGAGAAAAGGUUGACCUUGUAAUGUAUGUUUUUUGUAUGUAUUGUCUUUUAAGUAGCCUUAUCCUUAUUUAAAUAAACUAAAUAAAAUUA